CGUCGAUGUAGUGCUCCUGAGUUCACAUUGAUUUGUCAAGUUUGUGCUCAAGCUGAAUCAUGCCUGAACCAGCGAAGUCUGCGCCUAAGAAGGGCUCCAAGAAGGCCGUCACCAAGACCGCCGGUAAGGGAGGAAAGAAGCGCAAGAGGUCCAGGAAGGAGAGUUACGCUAUCUACGUCUACAAAGUCCUGAAGCAGGUUCAUCCUGACACCGGUAUCUCUUCCAAGGCGAUGGGCAUCAUGAACUCUUUCGUCAACGACAUCUUCGAGCGCAUCGCCGGUGAGUCGUCUCGUCUCGCUCACUACAACAAGCGCUCCACCAUCACUUCUAGAGAGAUCCAGACCGCCGUGCGUCUGCUGCUGCCCGGAGAGCUGGCCAAACACGCCGUGUCCGAGGGCACCAAGGCAGUGACCAAGUACACCAGCUCCAAGUAGAGAUUCAACCGAGACUAUCAGCGACCCAAAGGCUCUUUUAAGAGCCACCCAUAUUUUCAGUUAAAAGAGACUAUUUGUGUUUCGGUAAUUAUAAGUAGCUUAUGUUUGCCGGCCUUUAUUUUUGGGGUUCGUAUGAGGAUUUUGAAAAUUUGGCUUUUAGUGAAUUAGAUCAAUCUGCAAAAUAUGUUCUGCUACAAGACCCAAACAAGAGCUUAAUUAGGUUAGUAUAAUGUAAAAAGAAUGCUCUAACUUUGUGUGUAAAGAUAUAUUAGAUUUGCAUUGCUUAAAACGUCCAUAAAAUGAAAACGACUUUAGUUCUUGUAACUUGUUUUUUGCCUUUUGAGCUGCUUUUAUAAAAUAAGCUUUACAUGUUUGUGUUAUUUCGAAUAACGUAAUGAACUUUUACUAUUAACCUUGAAAUGUUUAAUCAGUGAUGCAAAAUACUAUACUAUACUAUACUAUACUAUACUAUACUAUAUAGUUUAAUUGGUUUUCAUUUAUGACUGUUUGUGUUUCCACUCAGAUACUUUCUUCUGUUUACUAUUUUACUACACAAACAAACAGUGAGUGUACAAGACAUCCCUCUAGACUUCAUACUCUCAUUUCUGUAUUUAUUUAUCCUGAAAUAUUUACCUUAUUGGUUGUGUGGAAUUUAGAUUAGAACAAAAUCACUUUACUACCUGGUUAAAAGCACUGCAACCAGCAACCAGAUCUCUAUCAAUCAGACACAUUACAAGAUCAUCAUGUGUUCAUGUGGCUGCUACAAUUGUAUCUGUAAUUUUUUGAAAUUGUCAGAACAAUCAUAAAUUUAAUUGGUUUGAUGGGAUGUUUUUUUUUUUUUUUUUUCUCAACCCACUGUGUUUAUGGUGUUUGUAAAUAUUAACAGUUAAUAAUUAAUAGUUAUA